AUGUUACGUUUCAGUCAUCCGUGGUUCGAUUCUGUUAUGCCCUUGAAUAGAGGUUUUGCUGGAAGAUACGUCAAUCAACCCCAAAGAAGAGGCUAUAUCAACCCCUUAAUGGAUGAUUAUCAUGAUGAAGAAAUGGAAUACGGGCCCAGAGGUUAUCAGACUUCGGAGCCCGAGCAAUCAUUUCUAGCGUUUUCCCCAUUUGAAAAUCGAUGGCCGAUGUAUUCAUCUCAUUCUACUGAAAGCCGAUAUUGUAGCGAAUUUCCUAAUCGCUCGACGAGCAAUAAUUCGAUACCUCGACAAAGAAGGAGGCCUACAACAAAGUCUAGAAAUACGUCUCAUACAACAUCAUCACCUCGGUCAUCAGCAGCUGAUCAUAAGCGCGAUACCAUUGAAUCUCGAUUCGAUCCAUUUGGAAUUUUUCCAUGGUUUUCUAAUCGUUAUGAUGAAAAAAGUGAUAAUAUGCAAGAAGAUAGUGAUCCAAAACUAGAAGAAAAUGAAACUUAUGGUGCCUGUGAGAAAAAUUUAGCAAAUAUUAAUGAGCAGCCAUUAAAGAAUGCAGCUUCGGUAUCGUCCGACGAAGAUAUAUCAAGUGGCUCAGACGACGAUCAAGCAAUGGAGAAAGAGGUAAACAAAGAUGCAAUGGUUGAGCAACAUAGGUCACUUAAUACCGAGAGCACCCAACAGAAUUCUUCCUCUCUUCCAAAUAAUGACCAAGUUAUCACCUCGUUGACUUCUGAAGAGGGAUACGAAGCUGACAAAUCAUCAUCAUGCAGUGAUGAAGACGGUAUUCAUAAAUCAGAUGUACCUCACAACUGCCAAAGUAGUAUGGUAAAAGAAAGUAACGACGUUUCUUCCGAUGAAAACCAUGAAGAAAGUGAAGACCAAUCUAAAACUACAGAUGAAGAAAUGACAACAGAGAUAGUAGACUCCAAUGAUACUAGUAGUGAUAAAGAAUCCGCUGAAUAUUGUACUAUGCAAUUGGAAAAGGUUAAAUCUCUAGAAGAUACCGUUCAAGAGUUAGCAUUAAAAGUUGAAACAUUUUACGGAAGCAAAAAGGAUAAGGAAUACCUCUAUAUUGAUGAAUCGCUCACUCGAGUACUCUUAGAGUUAGAUCAGGUUGAAACACGCGGAAUACAGCAAAUUAGAGAUGCUCGUAAGUUAGUUGCAACCUUUGUGAACAAUAUUAUUGACGAAUUGGAAUUUCGAGUUAAUUCACAUAAAAACGAUUCGUCAUAG